CUUGUAGUCUCCACGAGAGCCGAUCGUCUGCUCCUCAGUCACCGUAACACCCCUCAAUAAGCAAAAACAAAAAGAAUUUUUUUAAAAAAAAUCUCUUCCUCAAUAUACAGUCGGCGGCCGCCGAUGAUGCCGCCGGAAGAUUGUCCUGGCCGUUCCUGGUAUCUUCCUCAAUUUCCGAUUUGUAGGUAAAAAAAAAAAUAUGAGCAGUUGUGGCCGUCAAAUUCGUUGAAGUAAAAGCUGCAGAAUGUCUUUCCAUGACAAGGACUUUUGGAUACCAAAGGGUGGUGGACAUCUAUCCGACGGACAAGCAGUUUUUGAUAGCUCAUCAAGAAUUGAAGCAAAGCGAACUCACCCAUUGUUCUCCAGUGCUGCUGAGCCGGAGUUAUUUCCUAACAAGAAACAAGCUGUCAACACUUCACUCGGCAAAUCAGCUUCCGAACUUGCAAUGGAAAAUUCCACAUGUUGGGAGACUACUUCUGGUCUUCAGUCAGGAGCAUGCCAAUUCAUUGAUAGGCUGUUUGGAGUUGGUACCCCCAGGCCAAUCGACUUAACUGAGAGAAGCACGUCUCCUGGUAACGCAGGGAAUUCAACCACAAGGGAAAAGGUGAUUGACAACCAAAUUGGAGAUGAUACAUUAGUUGGUUUAUCAAUGUCAUACACUACUGAAGAACCACAUAUAUGCGUAAGCGAUAGUGGAAUCAGAAAAGUUAAAGUUAAUCAGGUUGAAGAUUCAGCGAAUGCUUUUCAUUCACCAAGUGAAAACAACAUUGACAUGUCUAUCGGACAGGUAAAGAAUAGAGUUAGUGAGACAUCCUUUUUAUGCAUGGGUCAUGCAUAUGGGAAGAACAGUGAAUGUCAGCCCUACAAUCCUGGGGCUAUAAGUACUAGAUCCAUUGGAUCCAAUGUUGAGAAAGGUCACAAUACUAUAUCAAUUGCUGACUCCUAUACCGGAGGGGAUUCAGACACAUUAUUUGGAUAUGAAUUGGUGUCUGAUAUUGAUGUUCUGGCAAGGCCAGUUGGUAGUUAUGAUUAUUUGCAUUAUCAAUCGUCAGUUCAGACAUCAGAAACACAUGGUGACAAGCAGCUUGAUGGAUCAAAUGCUAAUGCAGUUGAUAUAUCCUCUCAGACUUCAAAAUCUACGCAUGAUUCCAUGCCAAAAAACAAAAUAGAAUGUAAAUCUGCACAUAAAGGAGCUCCUAACAGCUUUCCGUCAAAUGUUAGAAGUUUGGUGUCAACAGGGAUGCUUGACGGGGUACCUGUAAAAUAUGUCUUGUCCCCGCAGGAGCUUCGUGGUAUUAUAAAAGGUUCGGGCUACCUAUGCGGCUGUCAACCAUGUAACUAUUCAAAGGUGCUUAAUGCCUAUGAAUUUGAGCGUCAUGCUGGUUGCAAGACAAAGCACCCUAACAAUCACAUAUACUUUGAGAAUGGAAAAACCAUAUACCAGGUGACACAGGAGCUAAGGAGCACACCACAAAGUUUGUUAUUCAAUGCGAUUCAAACGGUGACUGGUUCCCCUAUCAAUCAAAAAGCUUUCCGAAUUUGGAAAGAGUCAUUUCAAGCUGCAACCCGAGAGCUUCAGCGAAUAUAUGGAAAGGAGGAACUGAAUCUGUAAGUUCAAUGCUGGUGGAUCAAUGGGAGUAUAAAGAAUGUUCUUGUCCAUGUAAAUAAGAGACAAAUAACUUUCUUGAUGUAAAAUAUGUGGACUAUAUGCUCCGGCAAUUGUAAUUUGACAGCGCAAGCGUUUAUGAACAAAUCUGUAACAUACUAAAUAAGAUUGCAAUGGCAGAUCAUGUUCUAUUUCACUGGA